AUGUUAUCUAGAGGUAAUAUUAUUCUAAACAAAAAUAUUCAAGCAUCUUGGAUUAUUAAAUCAUAUUCUACUGUCAUUGAUUUAAAAACAAUUUUAAAAGAACAAAUACCAAUUCGUAAAAAUGAAAUUCAAAAAAUUAAAAAAAAUUAUGGGAAUAAAAAAAUUGAUGAAAUUACAAUCAAUUCUUUACUUGGUGGUAUGAGAGGUAACAGAUCCAUGUUUUGGAGAAGUACUUCCUUAGAUCCAAACUUGGGUAUUAAAUUCCAUGGGUUAACCAUUGAGGAUUGUCAAAAAAAUUUACCAAAAUUACCAAACACAUAUGGACAAGAUGAAAAAAUAUUUUUGCCAGAAACAAUGCUUUGGCUUUUGAUAACAGGUGAAGUACCAACAGUGGAACAGGCAAUGAUUUUAAAAGUGGAAUUGGCAAAAAGAGGUAGAAAAUUACCCGAUUAUGUAGAUAAAGUAAUGUCAACCUUACCCAAAGAUUUGCAUCCAAUGACACAAUUCGCCAUUGGUAUCGCUACAUUAAACAAAGAUUCCCAGUUUAGAGAAAAUUAUGAAAAGGGGUCUAUUGGAAAAGCUGAUUAUUGGGAAUCCACUUAUGAAGAUACGUUAAAUCUAAUAGCAUUAUUGCCUCAAUUAGCAGGGAAAGUAUAUUCUAAUAGUUAUAAUAACGGUCAACCAUUAGGCCAAUUUAAUGAAAAUGAAGAUUGGUCCUAUAAUAUUUGUUCCUUAUUAGGAAUGACAAAUACAAGUGAUUCUAUGAAUAUACAAAAUUUUGAUGAUAAGAAGUCACAAGAUUUUGUAAAUUUGAUGAGAUUAUACACAGGUAUUCAUGUAGAUCAUGAAGGAGGUAACGUCUCUGCUCAUGCCACUCAUUUAGUAGGAAGUGCAUUGAGUGAUGCUUAUUUAAGUUAUUCCUCAGGGAUAAUGGGUCUUGCAGGUCCAUUACAUGGGCUAGCUGCACAAGAAGUGGUUCGUUUCUUAAUUGCAAUGAAUUCAAAUAUAUCUUCCCCCAAUGAUAAAAAAUCAAUUAAAGAUUAUUUAUGGUCACUUUUGAAUUCACAUAAGGUAAUUCCUGGUUAUGGUCAUGCAGUUUUAAGACAAACUGAUCCUCGCUGGACAGCAAUGGUAGAUUUUGCAAAACGUCAUCCAGAAGAAUUUGAAAAUGAUAAGAAUGUUAUGUUAAUGCAAAAUUUGGUAAAUAUUGCACCGGGAGUUUUGAAAGAACAUGGAAAGACAGCAAAUCCAUACCCAAAUGUAGAUGCUGCUUCAGGAAUUCUGUUCUAUCACUAUGGUGUGAGAGAAUUACUAUUUUUUACUGUUAUAUUUGGUUGUUCAAGAGCUUUAGGGCCACUUUCCCAAUUGGUUUGGGAUAGAGGUUUAGGGUUACCUAUUGAGAGACCAAAGAGUUUAGAUUUGAAAUCGUUGAAGGAAUAUUGUGACUAA